AGUCCAUCAACCCAUUUCCUUUCCGCCAGUUGAAGCAUGGCGACCAAGUUGGGCGAGCGGCUCGAGGAACUGGCCGCCUUCCUCGCGCACGCGCAUGCAGUGGACAGCGUGGAAGAGACGCUUGGUCAUCUGCAGACUGAGGUGGCAGACGCUAUGACGCGCUCGCGGGCCUCAGCGCAGCAAUGCACCAUUCUUUUGUUCCAAAGCGCCGAGCCACCUAGUCUUCUGCGCUUCUUGAGCACCAGUGCUGAUUUUGCGGAUGACGCGCGCAAGCGGGAGAUCUCAGCAGCCAGAGGAGGCGUGCUGGAGCUUCUGGCCGCCUUCCUCAAGGCGUACGGGGCGCACAGAGCGCUCACCAAGCAGCACGUGGUGGACUUAUACAAGGCUUGCCAACAGACAGCGCGCACUGACCCGUUCAAUCGAGUCAAGGGCCAUGCGUUAACUGUAGGGUGACUAGAACUAUUGUGAGGGGAAUAGAUGUACUGAGUUUGUGUUGUUGCCGCCAGGUGGUGGUGAACGUGCUCAAAUUCGCAGACAAGCGCGUGACUAGUGACGAUAUUGAACCCCGAGCUUAUGUGGAGAAGCUGUUUUAUGAUAUAAAGUUCUCCAAGGCGACGCAGACUGCCAAGGGGCAAAUGAUGGAGGUGAUUGGCUACUUAGUGGGGAAAUUUCCAAAGGAGGUGGACGAGAAUGUGCCGACGUUGCUAAGUUGGAUCGAAAACGAAUUGGAGAAACAAUUCUCAAGCAAUUCACCCGAGAUGAUGAUGGUUAAUGGACUUUUGUUUGCUUUGGCGAGGCUUUUGGAGUGUGACGUGGAGAGAUACAAGCGGGAUGGCGCUUUGCAGAAGAAAAUUUACUCGUGAGCUGCUGGUUGGACGAGAGGAUUUUCGAUUAUGUGGCUAACGCGUGCACUUAUGUGCUGCAGGUACUUGCUCACGGUGUUUGCAACGACAGUCAGUGGCAAUCUCUCGCGUUACCAGGUGACGAACUCGUCUGAAACGUUUCUAGCAAGACACGCGCAGAUAUUCCAGCAAGAGAUCGGUCCAAAUGGCUACCUAUGGUUUUCGUACAUGAAGUUUUGUUGCCAGAGUGAGAACAAAACGGUACGUAUAGCUUUUUCACUUUGCAAUUAUUUGGAGCAUUUGACAAUAUGAUAUUUCACAACUCGGCCAGAUUAAAGAGCACGCGUUUACAUGCUCGAAUGCAAUCUUGCAGGUGUUAAAUAAGUAUUUGGUGGAAGCGAAGGAUGACGCGCGCAAGAAGUGUUUGAACAAGAUUUUGAAAGAAAUUCUUCCGACUGUAAGCGAUUCGGCCGCUAACACGUCGAUGACGGCAUUUGCAGUGCAAUGCCUUGGCUGGCUUGCUUCAUCGAUUUACGUGUAUCUUGGGGCCAAGGGCUAUGGCAAGAUUGAAGACAAACUGAAAACGUUUGGUGAGUCCCUCUUGGCGCUGGAUACCAAAGUGACGGCGUGGAGGUGGCCUCUUUUUUCUCAGUACGUACAAUGCAUUGGACAGUUUGUGCAAGAGCGCCACGGUGUUCCACUUGACGAAGGCUACGUCAAAUUUUUGGGGGACAUGUUGUGUCAUGUGAUGGCAGCUUAUCCCCAGUGUCUCUGGAAGUCAAAAGUUGUGGUACACAAGUCGAUUGCCGCAGUCUUUGCUGCUUUAUCGAAUUGGACAGUGAUAGACCCUCUCGUCGACCGAUUUGUACUUCACACACUGAUGCUGAGCAUUUCAAACAUCACUGAUUCAGAAGUGGUAAGGCAUGCGCUUUUAAAAACUUUAUUAUGACUCGACUUUGACACUACUGAUCGAUUUUCACGACAGAUUAUCUAUCAUCCGGACACAGGAGAGUUAGUGACAAACCUUCUAUACGAAUACGAAAGCUUCUGGUUAGCCAUGCUUGGUCGUUGCACGGAAAUGGCUGCGGAGCCAACACUUGUAGCGAUGAAAACUGGCAGCGAUGAUGUUGAGAUGAAGGAGCCUUCUGAUGUUGGGAGGUCGCUUCAAACCAUCAUCUUCGACUCUACAGUCAAGCAUGUUCUUGGCAUUAUCGGUCAGCUCAAUCUGUCGUAUCAGUUCGAUCUGCAGACAACAAACAACGGGAAGAAUGCGACCGGGUACUUGGUACGUUGCGCUGCAUUGAGAAGCUUCACCUGCUGCCUUUAUGACAUGUCUUUCUAUGCUCAACCACAGCCUACGGUGCCUCGCGAUCACUCAAUCAUGCUUAAUAUGACAGAAUUUGUUGAGAGGGUCCUCGGUCAAGUACUGAGACCCCUUCUGCGUCCGUGGAUACCCUUGAUCAUGCAGCGAGUUAUGUCUUCCGCUUCCAAGCUACCGCUGGUUUCAAGCUUUUACCGAAUUGGAACAGUGGUGGCUAUAGCAAUGGAUGAUCUCAAAUUUUUCGACUCACCACCGAUUAUCGACGACCGGCUGUCCCGCUUCCGCGAUGAUUUCAAGACAUUCGUCCAACGAGUUUGUGCUCAAGCGCGGUUUUACCAGGAUGAACUGCUAUUGACAUGCUCUGAGUUUGUUUUGACGGCUCCGAUCGAAUUGAUAGCCGUUCACACCAUGAUUGGCAUUGUAAGAUCAGUCUUGGAACUUGGCAGAUCCUAUCUUCCAGCUGCCAUUGUCGCUGUCACGGCAUUGGAGCGGUGGCAAAAGCAAUGUUUAAAUGACCUGGAAGACGUGAUCUCCGAAGUUAUCCCACUUCUCUCAGCAUAUCUCGAUCAAGAAGCGCUUAGCGAUGAAGAAUCAUCGUUGGUGAAGUUGAGUGGAAAAGGCAUGAGGAAUACUUCUUCUAAUGAAACAUCCGACCUCGCUCAACUUCAACGUCGCAUACUACUGCUUCUGGGUAAGUGUGGCGGCAAGAUAUCGCUAUUAAUGAGUGAACCUCCCUCCUUGAUCAACGCUGAUGGCAGCAUGGGAAGCAUUUCUUCGCCUUUCUUCCGGUUGGAGCUUCAACUAAGUGAGUUAUCAAUAUCGCUGGCGAUGGAUCCCAUUUUGUCUCAUCUUGGAAAUUUGGCAACUCACAGUUCUGUUCGACGUGUGAAAGCUAGUGCAAGUGAAGGCUACCAUGCCUUGGUUUGCUAUUUGUGUGGAAAGACAGCGACGUACCCACAUGCAGCCGGAAAGAAGUCAGAGUUUUAUGAUACGUGGCGUGGAGUAUUUGCGCGUAUCGUGCGGUUAGCUACAGACCCCGAGAAGAUUUGCAGAUCGCUAUUCGAGCCGCUGCUCUUUCAAUUGCUGCGCUGGAUGGCUGCAAAUAGUGAUACGUUCCCGUUUGAGUAUUCAAGCAUGCUGGAUGAACUCACGCGGAGCCUCUCGGACUCAGAGACUGCCGUUCGUACGAUGUCUGCUCGAUGUAUUGCGGUAUUUCUCUCGCUGGCCCUUGAGAAUUCUAAAGCACAGGCAAAUGCCGACGACAUUUUUGAGAGAGUUUUUUCGCUGUGUCGCCACCCGGGAGCUGUGCAACGUAGUGGAGCAGCAGCGUCCAUUAGCUACUUCCUUCGAUCGUUUAAGGAAGAGGACGGACAAAUAUUGACACAGUUUGCUUUGCCGUGCUUGAAGAACCUCCUCUACGCUCUACGUUUGUGUGACAACGAUGUUCGAAACAGAAUCGGUGGAGUCGACAUUUCGCGAGAUGUGAUUUCGAAAGCAGUGAUGAAAAUUAAACGCGGAAUCUGUCGCUUUCCUCAGCUCUUUUUAAAAGGAAGUACUAGCGCUCGCGACGUUGAUGAAGAUUCGGUUCUACAGCGAACGACACUUUGGCUGUUCCAGCAGACUGGGGCGCGUGAGGUCUUGUUUCGUCGUCUGUGUCAACAACUUUUCAUGUCUUUUAGCACACUGAUUAGCAAAUCGAGCGCGGAGUGGAUUCAGAAAUAUGCAUCGACUCACGGCAGUGAAUCGGUUGUUACUGUUCUGGUGCCGAUGAGCUCUCUCGCUCAUACAAGCAUUACGGUUCAGUGGAUGGAGCAGUUAUCUGCGUCUAUUGAGAGCUACGUUUGGUGCGUGGAGAUGCUUGGUGACAAGGCCAAAGACAUUUUUGAGAACUCGCUAACAUCUCGGCAAGAAAGCAUGAAGCGAAAGCAUUUUGCUGACGUUAGUGCCCAAGAGUAUAGCUGCCAGCAGACGCUUUCGUGGGCUAUUGCGACUUUCUUAAAAAACGGUGGUCCAUGGGAGGACUCUUUGAAGGGAUCGCAUUGGACUGGAGCAUAUCUCUCUGUUUUGACUUCGUUAUGCUGUUGUGUCAUGUCAUUCAUGAAGACCGGUAAUGUGGUGCUACGCAAUGUUGCAGAUAUGGAUACACAGUCGUUUCGAGGUGCUGUAGCUGAGAAGCUUCUCCAGGCAAUACUUCAUCUGCCUGACACGCAGGUACAUGAUGCAAAUUCGUUGGACGGCAUUGAGGAAUUCUGCUCUGGUGUAAUCACACGAAGUCCAGACUGGGCACAGCAAAUGCAGGAGACAGUAGAUUCUAUGCUCUCCAACCUGCAGCUGUGUCUCGCUAAUGUGAACAGCAGCGAAAGUUUUGUUGAGCAUUCAAUAACCAUCGGAUUACUGUCAUUUUUCGGGAGCAAGGUAUUAAGUGCUGGUAUCAUCAGCUUUCCAGUGGCAGACAAAUAUGUAGAAAUGUUUGCCAUGGUAGCAAGCAAAGCGAUGGAGUAUGGGCACGGCUCACCUCACGACCGCCUUGUUGCUAUUGCUGCACUUAAGGCUGCGGCUGCUUGUGGCUGGAGGAUUACAGAUAUAUUUGCGAAUCCUGCUGAUCGACAGGUGUAUGGACCGGUAUACAGUGACGUCAUUCACUUCAUGCCUACACUGGCAGUGUGGAAUAGGUGCGCAAGCGAGUUGGUGUCUCAGUCUCUGAAGAAUGACUUCGUCGUCAACGUAUUAGCGGAUAUUCUCUGCCAAGUAACGAGUUUCAAAGUCUACCCGUCCAAGUCGGCCGACUGGGAUGUGUUUACUAAAACGCUGGUGGCAAAUGUCAAGCAAUUUGUCAGCAAUUUGGAAGCUGUUAAAGCCGACACACAACGCGUCCUGUCUACCUUGCAAGUGCUUCGGCACUUUUUGGAGCUGUGCCAGCAUUGUUCGGAAAGCCUCGUCGAAGCUCUGAGGAUGGGGCCUAUCCCUGAUAUACAAGAUGCCAUCAUUAAAUUGCUCAAACAGCGUGGAUGCAGCUAUCUGGUGAAGGCAGAAGUUUUGCGGAUGUUGGCUUUGCUGGGACCUACGUCGCUUCUUGUUUCUAAUGAGGAGCAAGCCUCAAAAGCGAUGCUGGACGCUCUUGUUGCGCUUGUUUUCGACGAGUUUCCGAUCGUUUCUGUCGAUGUUGCGCGUGGCUCGAAGGAAUUUGAUGUAUUCUACUUGCUGUUCUCAGAACUUCUGGGUGUUAUCGAGCGGAGCAAUUCGAUAGCGUACCUGAAGAUCAUUUACCCGAGUCUGAAGGAGGCGGACAACCAUCUCUUCCGGACUGAAAUCAAGCAAAUGCUUGCACGAUUCUCGAUUUCGCUUGGCAGUCAGACUGGGCAUGCAACAAGCGGUGAAAGGAUACGGCAUCAGUUGGUAGAGCUGUUGGAUGUGUUGUUGGAUCCCACGCUGGAUAUUGCGAUUCGCAAAACGCUACUUGAGGAAGUAUUUACGCCCUUGGUUGAGUGUCAGACAGGGGAAACACUGUUGCAGUUCUAUUUGAUGGAAAGCCUUACGAAGAAAUCCACCAUUAUUAGUUUACUCGCGACUCUGGUCUCAACUGCAGCUGAGGUUUCCUCCGGAGGAAGUCGAAUUGGCGUGUUUGUGGCGUUUUCGUUGGUGGAGAUUUUGUACCGCCUGAUAGACCCCGAGAUUAUUCGGACAGAGAUCAACUCAGCUUUUCUGGGUCACAAGAAUGGCAAGGGCCGGGAGUUUACGAUGCUCGUGUGCAAGUGUGCAAGUAAGGUGGUCACGAAGACAUACGGGGAUGUAGACGAUCUCGUGCGCUUGGCAUGCUGUGCAGCUUACAAUUGUCUGCUUACUGCCGUUUCUCGGACGCAAAAACAAGAAAAGUUCUUCGAUCAAAUCUUGUUCCAGCCAGCACUCUGGAGCAACAUUUUGGAUCUCUCGCGUGAGUAUGAGCUGCAUGCCGAGACAGAAACGUUUGCUACCAUACCCUUGUCAAGCUUGUCAGCGAUUUCUCUUGAAGCAAGACUGGACACGAAUGCUACCACAAACGCAAAGUCCAAGCGCAAUGAAUCUGCAGCUCUUCGAUUUUUCACGGCCAGCAGCUUAAGUAUGGAUACUGAUUCGCAAACAGCCUCCACAUUGACUGCGUCUUUAGACGUUAACCAGGUUGGCUCUACUUAUGAGAACAUUGAGAUCGAACUGGAUACUUUCAAUCAACACCCCUGCAUGAUUCCAUUGCUGCGAGUGCUAGUGCAGAUGAAAACGGAUUUUGGUUCUAGCUGGAGUGAAAAGGCAAUGCCUGGCUGGAUGAAGAAGAUUUUCGAUGUGAUUGUCGAUCCGUCAACGGGCUUAAAUGUGCGAUUGUUCGUGGCGAAGGUGGUGCUGAAUGUCCCGAAUGUCUUUGCGAUGUACUCAUCGCCAUGGCUGCGUGCAGUGAUGGAAGCGCUUCUUGACGCAAGCGCGGCACAAAAGGCUCCUGAGUUUAACUAUAUCUUGCGUGACUGCUGCAACCUUGUGCUCAAUUCUUGGAAAGAUGUGGCAGUGUCAUCCCUCAGCGACACAGCCAGCCGAUUUGUCAAUGAACUGGUCAAGAUUUGCCCCGAGCUGAAUAAUUUGAUUCGGAACAGUAACGUGCUGCUCAUAACCGAGUUGAUUGCUCUAUGGAAGGAUUCAGCUAGCGUCGAUGCAGGUGUACUGAUCACCUACAUGAUCAAUGACGAUGACGAUUCAAAGAUGAAAUCUGCUAAGCAGUUUGCUGCCCUCCAAAUUGUUAGUGCGAUGCUGACCACUGGGCUGGAAAGCGAACUUCUAGUUGAGGAGGGAGGGCAAACAAUUGAAGAUGGAAUUUUGCUGGUUAUGACGAGCAAGACAACGUCCUUGUACACUCUAGCCGCUGAAGUCGGCGGACUAUACUUACAGACUGCUGGUCAUUCGGAGGGCGAAGAGUUCAUGUGUAAGGUGAGAAACCUGAUCAUUGGUUCGUACAACGAGGAAAAUUUUGGGCGUUUUCUGGCAUUACUCCGUAAUGCUUCGAUGCAUCAACCAGAAAUCAUUGAUUCGGUUAUGCUACAACGUUUAUCGUUCGUACUGCCGAAGGCUGUUGCAGUGGAUGCGUGGGCUUUGCUAGCAGCUGACUCCCUGAACAAUGCUGCUGGAAACGAGAGUGUCGUAAAGGAUAUAUUCACCCAUGCGCAGUCUGUUCUUGGUCGCUUUGUUGCCCACCGGCAUGCUGGAGUGCAGCUCAGUACUCUUGGAGCUAUAUCACGUCUUCUGGAUCAUUUGAAUUUGUCAGAGUUGGAACGACUGAUAGCAAAUACAUCCGAAGGCGGUAUUGGCACGCUCAAGUGUUAUGAAGGGCAUGAUCUUUCGGAAUAUCGAAGACUCCUAUUUACCGUGGGCAAGAAGCUUUAUGAGAAAGAUCUGUCGGAUCAGGUGAAGUCUAGAGUGCGAGUCUCUCUACUCCAUGGAUUGUGCGAUUCAGAUGACCAACGCAGAAAGGAGGCGUUUGAAUACUGGAAUACCUCAGCAGCUAUCGUGAAUUCCUGUAGUGAUCGACUGCUUUCGAUCUUUGGUUCUUUGUACUCCUCGGAGUUUGACGAAAAGUGGAUACUGUAUGCUACCAAUUUACUGGUCGGGAUGUCUAAGGAGAGCAGUGAGUUUGAACGACCUCUGUUUACAAGUGCAUUGGGCAGUGGAGAGUACGCAGAGACACCUAUUGACGCGAGUUGGGAAGCGAAAACGCAGUCAAUGGCGCCGCUGUUUUCUGUGGAAGCUGAUUUGUUCAGCGCUCGUCCUGAGUUUACCCAGCAAUCUACCAGUCUAACGUACACCGCAUCGCAAGCUGAUGGUUCUCUUGGCAGCACGAUACAGUCGCAGUUGUUUCUCUCCAAACCAGCAUCUAUUGGGGCAAGCUACAGCCAGUCUUUUGGCGAAUCGGAUGUUGUACAGCAGCGACCAGGACGAAAUCGCUUUUUUAAGCGACGAGCUGCUGCAGUUAAUUCCGCUGUGAAAGAUCCGUCUAGUUACGACAAGAAAGCCUCAAAACGAUUUUUCCAAGACCAGUACGCUCUGCUGAAGAAGAAAGAAGAGGCGCAGAAAACCCGAGAGCGAAAGCAACGCCAGGGACACGUGUCGAUGAAGAGGACGUAUCGAGUUGGUGAGUUCCCUGACAUUCAAAUCACACAGCAGGAUAUCGUGGAUCCUAUUAUGGCCCUCUGCGAGACUUCCAUCGAGACGUCAAGCCUGGUGUUUGGCGCGUUGUUUUCAUCGAUUGUGGCAAGUCCACAGUUUGAAAAAAGUGGAAUCACACACGAGCUGACGGAGAGGCUCGAGGAGACAUUGACACUUUCGCAAUCGUCGUCCGUGUACGUUGGCUGUAUUGUAUCAGCUUACUUUGCUAGUAUUGUCAGAAACCCGCGGCUUUGUGAAAUGCUUCCCGUUCGACCCAAAACGGUUGGCGAAGCUGGUUUAUCGAGUGGGAAGUAUCAUAUCAGUGAAUUGACGCUUGAAGAGCAGUUGCUUCAUGAAAUCCAAGGCAAGACCAGGGACCUGAACUUGGCGUCAAACGAACUUGUGACAAAUUGUUGGGACCUGCUGCACAAACUGCUGAGCACAAUGCACAAACGGAAUCUCCUGAUAGCACUAUCAAUGGCAUGCAGUACAACUGCCGAAUCCAAACUAGCGCUCCAAGCACAGCUAUCUGGAGACCUCCCGCUCGCUAUAGCAUCAUAUAAAAAGGCUGAAAGCAUACUGGACUCGCAAAUGGAAAUCCUGGAUGGCGAUAAUUCUUUUGCCACUGAGACUGAUGCUACGCGAUGUCGUUGGCAACGGCGUAAUUGUUUGGAGACGUUAAACAAUUGGGACACGCUGAAGAAUGAGCUUACUGAUGCAACUCAGACGGACAGUGACUUCCUGUGGAAGCAGCGGCCCCCAUAUCUGGAGCAAGGUGUCGGUCACUACUUGCGCUCGUGUCUGGGACUUGUAGAGGCUAAACAAACGAACAGCGACCUGGCAAGUCUUCGGAGUUUUAUUGAAGGCGCAAUGCGUGACUCGGCAAAGAUGGAGCUUGUUCAAUCGAGGUUUCCGGUUGAGAUGUGCUUGACCUACCUGUCAUCGAGUGACAAGAAUCAAGCGCGUGUCUGUGUGGAAACCUUCUACACGAAUUUUCUGAAAAUGUGGAGACAGACGAGUCCUAUGGCAUCGACCUCCCGCAUGCAGUUAUUACAGUCGCUGUCGUCGAUGGUGGAGAUUGACGAAGUGUUAUCCCGCUUCGGACGCGAUUAUUCUGAUAUUGGCAAGAUGGGGCACCAGAGCGUUACAGCUUUCAUGGAUGCAUGGAGAAGAUCUCCUCCUUCAACAGGUGAGGAGGGCAUGGUUCUGUGGUCUCAACACUCCAUGGUACAGAACACCGUCGCCGGCUUUAUGCUGAACUAUGCACGUGACCAAAGGCUGUAUUCGGAUGAGAUAGGGUUGGCUGUUCUUGGGGGCAAGAGCAAUACUAUGCUGCAGUAUGCGAACGCGGCAAUAUCGUGCAAUAUUUUGGCCUUGGCGUCUAAGAUGCUGAAAAACUACCGCGAGCUGUGCAACACUCACCAGCUUCCCAAACUGAGUGUGCAGAUGGUGGAAGUAUUUGUAUCACACGUGCUCAAGUUGGUUGAUCGUCAAGAACACCAAUCGGACAAGAGCGGCUCUAACUCGAGCUCGAUCAAGCUCAUCACGCGAUACUAUGAGACAGCCACAAAGAUGUUCGAUAAUGUGGAAAUCAUGAACAUGAUGGAGACAGCAGGGGCAAGCGAUAAAGUGGCGAUGGGUUAUCUGGAAGCGAAGACGUUCGCGAGUGCUGCUGGAUUUUAUGCUGUCAAUGACGUCGAUGACAACCUAAAAGAAGAGUAUCUCUCACGUUCACUGGAUAUGUUUAAGGUUUCUUGCAAGCGCAUUGACGCAGUUUCGCGGAAAGAGAUGGAAGAUGGCGCUUCUUCUGCGUUCUUGAGAUGCCGCUUAACCUUCAUCGAGUUUUUGAACGAUUUGUUUUUCAAGCGAAAAAUGGAGAAGCUCGCCAAGCUCACCGAUCGUAAAGCACUGACAAAGCUGUUGGCAGAGAAUGUGCUGGGAGGAAUGGCUGCUGGAGACCGUGAAUGCGCCAACUACUUCCCCCAGUUAUGCGAUGUGAUUGCGUCUUAUCCGGAUAUUGUGGCAGAGUUUGAACAAUGCGUUCUCACAAACGUCCCGUUGUGGACGUGCCUGCAGUGGUCGGCCCAGCUUAUGGCAUUGCUAAAUGGGCCAAUUGGGAAAACCAUUGUCGCGAUUCUGGAAAAGAUGGCCGAAAAAUACCCGGUAGCGCUCUUCUAUGAUUUCAUGGUCACGUGCAGAUCUUCGCUGGGCAAGUUUAAAGUCGAUUUGCAUCGUCUAGAGGUGUUGCUAUCGAAUACGGUGAUGGAAAAAUUUGUCACCGCCUUGAGAUUGAUUCACCACCCAGAACUUCGUCUGAAGGAGGGGCUACGAGAGAUCGCAAAGCUGAUAGAAGAUAAUCGAAUGUCGGAUGCACGCCAAAAGGUGGAGCAUAUAUGGAAGGACUGUUUCUCUCCUGAUCAUCCACUACUCGGUACUCAGAUUGGCCGAUACAAUCGCGACUGGAGCCGAAAAGCUAAACGGGAUGUGGAGAAAAUAAUGGGCAAGGACGGCUCAAAGAUGACGGCAAAAACUGUCAACACAGCCCGCGAGUGGAUCAUGAAUCAUUUUGGCGUCACGCCUGGUAGAUAUGGUAUCACCAAGGACAUGAAGGCGCACCUGGGAGACUUUGCAGAAUGGCUUGAGGAAUUUGACCAUUCGAGCUGCAUAUUAGAACUCCCAGGGCAGUACACGUCAUAUUGGCGUCCUCCAGAUCCGUCUACUCACAUUCGAAUCUUAAGUUUCGAUUCAAUGCUUGGAGUGCUUGCAUCGAAGCAGCUACCGAAAAGACUGACUAUGCAUUGCAGUGAUGAGAAGGACUAUACGUUCCUUGUAAAGGGCGGUGAAGACUUGCGCCUUGACCAACGCAUAGAACAGCUCUUUGGAGUCAUGAACCAAAUCCUCGAAGCUGACCCGCGAUGCUGCGAUCAGAGGCUUUCCCUCACUACAUAUGACGUGAUCCCGAUGACGCAGGAAAUCGGUCUACUUGAGUGGGUUGGUGGUACCACAACACUGAAAGCAGUUAUUGAGGCGCAGCUGCAGAUCGACGAACGCUGCGUCGAUCUCAAAAGCAACAAGAGACAGAAACUGGAGCUGUUUAAUACAACGGCAGCAAAGACUUACGAGUCAUUUCUCCUGAAGCAGCGCGGUGCGAGCUUUAGUGCCAAGGUAGUCGCUCCUCGAUCGAAAGAUGUGGUGGAUCAGUUCGCAAAAGUCCAAGCGAUGAUACCAGCAGAUUUAUUACGACGUCAACUACUUGGAUUGGGCUCAAACUUUGAGGCGUUCCUGCUAGUUCGAGACCAAUUUCUGAAGUCAGUAGCUGUAUUCAGUGCCUGCUCGUACGUUCUGGGUAUCGGAGAUCGUCAUCUGGACAACUUCCUCUUAGAUCUCGCCAGUGGUCGUGUCAUUGGUAUCGACUUUGGAGUGAGUUUCGGCUCUGGUGCCAGUGUUCUUCCCGUCCCCGAACUGAUCCCUUUCCGGUACACAAGACAAAUGGACUUCGUAUUCCAGCCCUAUGACGGUGCCAAUCUUCUCGCGCAGGAGAUGCAAGCGGUAUUUGACGCGUUGCGAUCGAAGCGACAAGUGGUGGAAAGUGUGAUGAACGUGUUCUUGCACGAACCACUACUGGAUUGGCAGCAAUCUACUACAACGCGCCAGAAAGCUUUGUUUGAAUCUAAAGGCGAUGAUCAGUCUACUUUACAGGAUAGUGAUGUAGAGAUGGAGGACGUGGAGGAGCCCCGAAAGACUACGUCUCCAGCAGGAGGUAAUGAAACCACUGCGUGGCUACCUGAUGUCAAGAUUACCAUCGCACGAAGGAAGCUGGAGGGCGUAUCACCUGCGUUGCUGCUGAAAGAGGAGUUGGCCCAGAAUCCCCAUCUGAAGCCACACCUCAGUAAGUUCCAUGUACUGGUUGAUACGGCGAACAUCGGCGAGGACGGCGCUGAUGAAAUGGUGGAGUUGAGCUCGUUGACGCAAGCUCAGGAGCUGCUGGCAAUGGCUACAGCUCCGGAUUUGCUUGGUCGCACAUUCCAAGGAUGGAUGCCGUGGCUCUAAGACUUCAACUUUGUGUAAAACUUCAGCUUCGCAUCAUACAGCACGUGUGCAGGUUGCUGCUUGAGCUCGAAGUAAUAUAGUGAGUAAGCGGGGCAUACGGCAUUAUUAGCUGUAGUGUGCUCCAUGCACACAUCAAUGCAUUUGGUUGAUAAGAUGUCCUCCGUCCGUUAUAACCAGCUCACCACAAAUAAGAUUCUCCUCCGCCUAUGAUUGGUCAG